ACGCGUUCGGACGUGCGUCUUAAGCGGCGAUCGGUGAACGCUGAAACCAACCCAAAGCCGCAGACAGUCAAAAAUUCACAGAAUUUUUACGUAGCGCGUUGUAAUUUUUGUUGUUUACAUUUCCGCGUUGCAUACGUGUGUGUGUGUGUGUGUGUGUGUGACUGUGUGUGUGCUUUUGUUUUUGUUUGUGUCUUUUUGUUUUGUUUCUGUUGUUUUUUUUGUCGGUGGUGUCUUUCGCUCUGCAUUCGCGCGUAACGGAGCGGCUAUUAACAACUACCCCCGUCUCAGUCGCACACGCGCACUGCUGUGGGGCUACAUCCUGAGCGCAGGAUGCGCUUGGCUGCACUCGCGCACCUGUUUUUCUGUGUCAACCCAGCAACAACAACAAACAACACUUUGUGUCGAAAUUUGUUAGCCGCUUGAAUGACGAUUGUCGCUGUAUAUGUGCAUAUAUUGGCGCUGGCACGGCAGCAACUAUGCUGAUUGUGGACAUGCUAACGCUGGCCUUAACGAACGGACAGAGCGUGCUGGAGCGGGACAGGGAGCGGCAGCGGGAGCGGGAGAGGGAGAGAGAGCGGGAGCAGUGUGAUGAAGCAGCGAAACGCAGCAAAAUGACGGCAACAGCGAUGGCUAACAAAACGCUUAGCAAACAUAAUGAAGAUGCAAAUUAUAAGAGCAACAGCAAUAACAACAACAGCAACAACAACAACAGCAGCAGCAAUAAUGAGCAUAUUGCUGUUGCAAUUGAGGCAGCCGCCGCGGCGGCAGCAGCAGCUCUGAUUGCAGCGGGCAACAUGUCUAACGGUGUACAAGGUUUAAAUGUGGCUGCUGCUGCUGCUGCUGCUGCUGCUGAUGGCACUGAUGACGUCGAUUUGGCAUGCGAGGCACGCAGCUCACGAGUUAAUGUUGCUGGCGUGCAAUACAAGGCGCAUUGUGCGUGGCAGCCCCAGCACCAACAGCAGCAACAGCAGCAGCAGCAGCAGCAGGGCGUCGUGCGGGGCUGGCAGGAGGCGUGCCAGUCAGCGGAUAGCAGUGACAUGCAAACACAGGCGCAUGCGCGUGCUGAAUACAGCGACAACAAGCACAGCAACAACAGCAACACAGGAGCGGAAGUUGUCAGCAAUUGUGAGCGCGCGCAAGUCGAGCGUGAGAGCGUGAGCGUGAGCGCAAACGCAGAGCAUGCUGGCCAUGGCCAGCAACCACCCAAUGUGACAGCAGCAACAACACAAGCCAGCACCAGCAGCAGCAGCACCAGCACCAGCAAUGCCAAAGGCAUGGGGAGCGACAACAGCGCCUGCUCAAUACCUACAAUUGGCAGUGAGCUUUUCAAAGCCAAACUCACAGUAGCAGCAGCAGCAGCAGCAGCAGCAGCAGCAGCGGCAGCAGCAGCAGCACCACCAACCGCAGCAGCAGUCGUCGCAGCAAGCGCAGCUGAGCAGCAGCAGCAGCAGCAGCAGCCAAUAACAAAUUUUGGCCAAAAUCAAAAAUUGUUGAAAAUUGUUGAAAAUCUUGUGCAAAUUGAAGAUUGUAAAAUUAGCAACGAUAUUGGCCAAAGCGAGCAGCAGCAGUUGCUACAGCUACAGCAACAGCAGCAGCAGCAGAAAGAAUUUUUUUUUACUACUAAUAAGAACGACGCGAGCAGCGCAGCUGGCGACGACGCUGACAGCGACGCGCGACGUACAGAAAAAUUUGUGCAAAAAAUUUGUGAAAAUGAUUUAAAUGUCAAUUUUUUUAACAAUUCGAGUGAAAAUGUGCAAAGCGACAUAGCGACAGCAGCAACAACAACAACAAAAGAGUCUAGUGAUAGUGACGAGCAAUCGUUGUUGUUGUUGUUGGUGGAGGAGGAGCAGCAGCAGCAACACCACCACCAGCAGAAGGAGGUGCCAUUGUCAUUGCCAUAUUUGAAGCUAGACAACCGAUGGCAGCAGCAAUUGCCAGCGACGAAUGUUGCUGCUGGCCGAGUGCACGCGACUGACGCCAAACGUAACGAGCAAUGCUCUAAUCAAGCAGAACUAUCGAACAAUUCCAAACAGCUCAGCGAUAGCAAUGAUCUAGGGCAUAAGCAGGAGGCGACGAUAGCAACGAGCAGCGCAACAAGCUGCAACGAUAAGGAUCUUAUUGAUUUCGGUGACGAUUUGACCGAGGAUUUUGUGGCCAGCCAAAGGCUCAAGCGCUUACAGCAUAAUUUUCAGGGACGCGUUAACAGCAGCAGCAGCAGUAGCAGUAGCAGCAGCAGCUCUGCCAGCAACAACAGCUGUGGUGAGGCUGUUGUAGUUGAUGAUUGUGUAAAGGCAUCCUUGAGACAGCAACAGCAACAGCAACAGCAACUAAUACAACUAAAUGCCAGCACAGCGACAAUAAGCACAACAAAGAAACUACCCCCACAGCCAGCACUAGCAGUAGCAGGAGGAGGAGUAGCAACACCCAACAGCAACAGCAGCGCUUUGCAGGACAAUAAAAUAGUUGAAAGCGCGCUAUUGGCCGUGGCCCCAGGCUCAAGUGCAAUACAAUUAAAUCGAAAUUGUAUACAAGACAUUGCUAAUGAACAAAUUGCCAAAGCAAAUAGUAGACAACAGCAGCAGGAGCAAGAGCAGCUGGAGCAGGAGGAGCAGCAGCAAUUGCUGAAUACGCAGCAAGAAAUUGCAGAGCGCGUGCGCUGUGAGAGUUUGGCUGAUAGCAGCAGCAGCAGCAGCGAGAGUAGCAGCCAGGUGCUGAUUGAAAUUGAGACACCAGCAACAACAGCAACAACAACAACAACAGCAGUAACAGCAGCAGCAGCAACAACAAUACGCAGCGCCUUUGUGCCCACAGUUAACGACAUUAGCAACAACAACAACAACAACAGCUACAGCUACAACAACAACAACAGCAGCAACAACAAUUGCAGCUCAUCGAGUGGCAAUUUUGUGGCGUCACUUAGCGAAUUCGAUGUGCAACGCUUUGGCGACUAUUUGAAGGCAGCGAGACAAUUGCAAUUGCUCGACAUUAGAGCGAGCGCCGGAGCUCCGAGUGAGCCGCUGUCCGAGUGCAGCAAGCAGCGACGCGGCUAUCAGUGCUACGACGAGUUGCUCGCUGAAUUUGUUAGCGAGCAGCAGCAGCAGCAACAGCAACAGCAGCAGCAAGAGCGAGUUGGCAUUAGCGAGAGCGAGAGCGAGCAGAGUGAGAGCGAGAGCGAGAGCGAAAGCGUGUGCCAAUGCAAUGAGUGCCUAACAGUUCUAGCAGCAACUUAUACAACAGCAGCAGCAGCGAGUGCAAUCGUUAACAAUAAUACAUCAACAACAGCAGCAACAGCAGCAGCAACAGCAGCAGCAGCAAUAGCAGCAACAACAACUGAUACGACAGCAACAAUUGCCACAGCGAACGUGCUCAAGAUGCGCGAAAUGAAUGGGCAGCUGCGCGGUCUGCUCAAGAAACCAAAUCGUCCGCCGCCGGUGCGUAAAAAUCGCGUCGUCUUCGAUGAGACACGCAACGAAUUCUUCGAAGCGGACUAUAUCAUAUUGAUACGGGAGGAUUGCGCCUACGAUGAGGAGGACGAGGAGCCCUGCACCUGCGGCGAGCAUGAGCUGGUGCGGCUCUGCUGUGAGGAGGGCUGCCAGUGCAACUAUGCGGUGAGUGCCGCUGAUGCGGCCGAUGGACGAACGCCACAGAGCCCCAAAUUUCAGCCGCCCAUCGACUUUGUGGACGAUGCGGCGCUCAGUCCACCGGAUGGCUACAAGGACAACAGCUUGAAGAAUACGCUGGGCGGUGCGCUCAGUGGUCACAUCUUUGGGGCGCAGCAUCUGCAACAGUUGCAGGUGAUACAGCGUCUGCAGCAGCAGCGUGCCGCAAUGUUGGCGGCGCGCAACGGCAAUGGCAACAAUCAAGUACCGCCACCGCCGCCGCCUGUGGGCAGCGCUCAGCAGCAGCAGCAGCAGCAGCAGCAGCAACAGCAGCAGCAGCAGCAACAACAGCAGCAACAACAGCAGCAGCAACAACAACAGCAUCAUGCCACAUCCCAGCAGCAGCAGCAGCAGCAGGCCGAUGAGGACCUGCAGGGCGUUUGCACUGAGUGCGCCGAGUGUGCCGAAUGCGCCGCAAAGCAGCUACAGGAUGCAGAAUGCAGCGCCGCCCAAUGCAACGAAGAGCUGACGCCCAUUGGCGUGCCAGCUGUGGCACUGCUGCCAUUGCACACCAGCUCACCAGAGCGUCGCAUCACGCAGAAGGAGAUCAUCGCCGGCGAGGAGCGUCCCAAAUAUGUGCUUCAAUCCCAAUACAAGCCCGCAGCGGCAGCAGCAGUCAAAGUUAGAAAGGAAUCGGGCAGUAGCAGCAAGCCCGCCGCAAGCUCUAGUCCCGGUUCCGUAUCCGUAACCGGUUCCGGCUACGGCACCAGCCUGGUGCCAGCAGCGGGCAGUAGCACAGCCAAGAAAAAAAGAUUUGUUGUUGAAACUAUUACCACUAUGACCACAGUGACCGAGCGACGCAUCAUACGCGAAGCGCCCGAGGAUCUGGCCGCUGCCAACUCAACUGGCACAGGAGCUGGCUCCACGCCAGCAGCGGACUUGCUGCCACCGGCGCUGCCGGCCAAGGCAAGCGCCACAGCAGCCGCAGCAGCGGCGGCGGCGGCAGCGGCAGCAGCCACUGCUGCUGCAGGCUCCGCAGCUGGCUCGGAACAAUACGAUGAGGAGAAACCGCCGCCCAUACCGCCCAAGGAGCUAACAACGACCACACAGAUCAGCGGUAUAUUAAAGGGCGGCAAGCUCUGGAAGCAGGACUCCAUUUCGCAGCAAUCGGAUGACCAAAAUAACACCACCUCAGAGGACGAAAGUGGCGCUACGAAGCGCUCGGUGCGUUUCGUGACCGAGGAUCAGGCGAACGCCGGCACCGAUGGCGAUGGUCAGUCGCUGUGCGGCGAGCUGGAUGAUAGCGAGAACCAGAUCAACGAGCUGAUACCCAUUAAGAAGCACUCGACACUGUUCAAUAAUGCGUUGCGUCCGAACUCGGCGGUGCGCCAACUGUUUCCCAGCGUCUCGGCCCAACAGGCGCCGGUGCUCACCUCGGAGGCAUUGCGCGCCUUCGAUGAGUCGAAGCGUGCCGGCUGCCUGGUCACCCAUUUGCCCGGCAGCUGCGGCGACUCGGAUACCUUGCGGCGCAGCAUGGAGCGCAACAUACUCCGGCGUUCUUUGAUCAAGAAAAAGGCCGUCAAGUCGGACAUUUCGCUGGAGGAGCGCAUAAAGCAGCUGACCUGCGACAUUGAUGAGGAUCUGGUCGAGGAGCUGUCACGCGGCGUUGCCGAUGCUGAUCAGGAUCAGGAUUUGGCCAGCGACCGCGACUGCUCGGAGCUGGCACAGCGCGACAGUCCCGCCGGCGAGGAGAACCCCAACACGCUUGCGCCCAAAUUCAUGAACGGCGAGAAGAGCUUCUCGCCCAGCAGCUCCGUCUCCAGCUCGUCCAGCGGCUCGUCGGCUUACAAGAAAAUCGCCGACAUCUUUAGUCGCGACAAGAAGCAGGAGAAGAUCAUGGAGCUGGAGGAGAAUCCUAUUGUUAUCAUACCACAGGAAUGCCGCUGCCCGGCCGCCCCAGACUUGGGCAUGGGCAUCCAGGUGCCAGUGGUGCACACACAAAUCCAUCGAACGCCGCCGCGCCAAAACGAGCCGAAGCGUCAAUUCUUAUCGACACUGGCGCCGCUGACAGCCUGCGUGGCCGGCAACAAGGAUGAUCUGUCCUCCUACUACACGCUGGCCGCAGCAGCGGCUGCCCAUCAGCAUGGGCACUCGGCGCAUGCGCAUGCCCAUUAUGCGGCUGCAGCGGCCGCAGCUGACUACAACAUGAGCCAGCUGCUGGGAGCGGCGGCGGCAGCGGGCGUUGGCGAUGCUGCGGCACAGCAGGCGGCAGCUGCAGCGAUGGCGGCACAGGGCUUGGUCAUGGGCGGAGGAGCAGGAGGCGGCGGAGCUGGAGCUGGCGCAGGAGCUGGUGGUGCGGGCGGCGGAGCUGCUGGCGGUGGGGAUGAGGCACGUAAGGUGGCGCCGGAUGUAAUUGCGGGCACACCCGGCCAGGAGACAACACAGCAGGACGAACUGGCCGCCUUUGCCCAGGCGGAGGCCAAGCGCACGGAGCAGCUGAAGAAACGCUACACGGGCGUGGAGAGCGCAUCGCAGUCCCAGUCGCAGGCGAGCAGCGACGACGAUGAGCAGAACGAUUAUGGCUUCAACAAGCGACCCUCGGUGCGCGGCAUCAAGCCCAAGUUCAGCUCCACCAACGAGAUUCUCGCCCAGAUGCAGGAGCAGCUCACUCAGCAGAUACCCACAACGGUGAUCAGUAGCCAGCCGGUGCCGCAGGCCAUCAAGGGCUACGCCAUGCCCAAUCAGCCCAAGCAGAACCCCUCGCCGCAGAAUGUGCCACAGCAGCAACAGCAACAGCAGCAGCAACAGCAGCAGCAACAGCAGCAGCAACAGCAGCAACAACAGCAGCAGCAACAACUGCAACAGCAAAUGGCCGCUGCGCUGCAGGCGAACACCAUAGCGCAGCAGAAGACGGAGCAGCGCACCUGGAGCUUCUACAGCGAGAGCGGAGAGCAGCAACGUUUUCCGGUGGACGCGGCGGCUGCGGCUGCCAUACAGCAGACCUACUACCAGACGCUGCCGGCUGGCGCCAUGUUCCGACAGACCAUGAUACAGCAGGGCGCCGCCGACGAUGCCUCACUGCUGUAUGCGGCGGCACAGAACUGCCAGAGCGUCACGGCAACGGCAACAGCAACGGCCAUCGAGCAGAGCAAGCACAGCAGCUACAGCAGCCACUUUGCACGUAGCCCCACCCGACGGCCGGAGUCGCCGCCGCCGUUGCGUAACUAUCAUCAGACGAUGGUGCUGAUACCCUACAAUGCCGAAACCUAUUCCCAAUUUGCCACCAGCAGCAGUGUCGAUCCGAAGCUGGCGCACAUUCAGCGACAGAAUAUACUCGAGUAUCAGCAGGUAACACAGCAAACGAUUCGCGUGCCCAUUGGCUAUGCACUGCCCGGCAUGCAGUUGCAUGUGGUGAGUGGGCGUGGUCAUGCCGCCCACUACGCACAGCAUCCGCAACAGCAUCAACACCAGCAGCAUCAACAGCAGCAGCAGCAACAACAACAGCAGCAACAGCAGCAACAGCAGCAACAACAGCAGCAGCAGCAGCAACAGCGUCUCAUGUCGCAGCAUUAUCAAUUCGCAGCAGAGGGCGGCAUGCCGGGCUUUAGCGAACGGGGCGUGCCCGAGGGAGCAGCAGCUGUGUCGCACAGCGAUUGCAGUGCCAUGGUCUCGCCGACAGGCGGAGCAGUUCAACAACAGCAACAGCAGCAACAGCAACAGCAGCAGCAACAACAGCAACAGCAGCAGCAGCAACAGCAACAGGGAUCCGUUUAUUAUGCAAUGAACGUAUGACCCGGGCUGGAAUAGUCGCUGCCAGCGGCGGUGAUUGUUGAGCGCCGCCAAUGUCAACGCGUCGAGUUGUCAGCGACUUCAGUGCACUUGGGCGGUGGUGCUGGCCUGGGCUGAGCCACGCCCACAGUUGAGAAGCAGUCGAAAAGAAGUACUAGGAGGGGCACUCAAUCAAAAUGUGAAAAUUGUUUUGCUUUUCUAGUUUUGGAAUCGUUGUUGUUGAACGCAUUGAUCCUAGCGAGCGUCUCACUUGCUGUCUCACUCACUAACUAUACCCCUCUAUCUUUCUCACUCUCACUCUCGCUCUCACUGUCUGUCUGCAUUGUGUAAAAUCGCUUGAGCAACACUGCACAUUUAGUAAGGCUAACAACACUAAACACUAGUAUUAGCAACGGGAAUGAAAAUACUCUGAUUAAAUAUGACAAAAAUCGAAUUGAAUUUAAAUAUUUAAAAAAAAAAAAAUUAUAAAAAAUAAAAAAGAAUAGAUUUUGUUUUUAAGUUAUAACACAGCAACCAAAAGUGAAAGAAGAAGAAACCAAAUUAAGUCCAUGAAUUUAUUGACAUCAUGCUGGGUGCUACAAAUGCAACAAGAUAAAAGAGAGAAAAAAAAAACAUACCAAAAUGUUAAAAAUUUAAUUAGUAAUAUUUUAAGUUUUUUUCUUAUUGAAAACUUUUUUUUUAUAUAUAUAUAAUGGUUUAUUUAAAUUUUGUGCGCUUUAUGGAAAAAACAUGUUUGCUCAAUGCAUUUGAUUUUAAGUAAAAAUAUAUAUAUAUAUAAAUGAAAUUAAAUUAUAUUAUAAAUUAAAUAUAUUAUAUUAAAUUAUAUAUAUUAUAUAUAUUUGAAUGUAGUGCAAUUUUGGUGCUAUAACCAAUCUUUUCUCUCACCCACAAAAAAAAAAAAAUAAAAAUAAAAAAUAUAUAACAAAAAUUACCAAAACAAAACCAAACAAAAUUAUGCAAAUUUGCUGUCGGGCGUAACCGACUGCAUAAUACUUGUUCACGCUGCAAAAAACAAUUUGUUGAAAAAAAUAGCUUCGGAAAAAUUUUUUCCGAAUAUUGAAAAACUUAUUAUCCCAGUAAUCUCCAUGGAAAGUAAGGCCUCUCGAGCUUGGCUUCAAAUUUUCAAUUUUCCUCUAUGAAAUAUAGCAGUCUGGUCUAAUAGAUUAGGCCUAGAGGCUAAUCUAGAUCGACAAUACCUUCCAAUGCCUUGCGUUCACAAAUGUACAUAGCUAAGAGCUAUAUAGGCUCAGUCGGUCUAGACUCUAGUCUCCAGCAGUCUCUUCUCUAAGGCCACCAAUACACAAACUAAGUUUUAAGUACAUGCAGAUAAGCCCAAUAUGCUCACCUUUUAGCAUGUGAACGAGUAUUAAGAUAAACCAAAAAACAAAA